AUGCAAAUGUUUAUACGCAGAAAAGGAAAAAACACCAUCACAGUUCCUCGGAACAGCAAGGAAAAAGACAAGGCGCUGACCAAGGACAAAGAAAAAGAGACCUCGAAGAAAAAGAUGAGAACGAAAUCGAAAUCUGAGAGAGAAACUCAACAAGCGAGUCAGGUGAUGGAAGAGUCGGUAAAUGAUAAUAAGGAAAAGAAAAUUCAAAGGAAACAGAUUGUCGGGUUUGUCAAACAAGUUCUCGAAAAGAAUCCGGCAGGGUUGAAAGAAGAGUUUAAAGUUAUGAAGAGAUUCAAUGAUUUUGAGAAGAUGAAAUCGUUCAAAGCAGCUCAGGAGCUGGGGAAGAAUCGAUACAAAGACGUGGGAUGUCUGGAUAAUAAUCGAGUGAAAUUGGGAAAACCGUGGUCUCAUGAUUAUAUUCAUGCAAACUAUGUGGCAGUUCCAACCAAUCCGAAACGAUUCAUAUGCACUCAGGCACCGUUAGAGAAAACAUGUGCUGACUUUUGGUUCAUGUGUUUGCAGGAUAAAGUAGAAGCCAUUUUUAUGCUGUGCAAUCUAACUGAAAAAGGUGCCAAAAAGUGUUUUGAGUACUAUCCAUCGAAAGAAAAACCAAUGGAAUUUGAGGAAAAAGGACAGAAAAUCACUGUGAAGUUUGAGUCCAGCAAUAAGGGACGUCGCGAAGAAGUAUGA